AAGUUACCCGCAGAUCCCCACGUUGCUCGCCCUUUCUCUCUACUAUGCACUUCACGAUAGUACUCGAGAAAGCGAUCGCUUUCCUCAGACCCCACCAAGCUCUUGAAAGACUGUUCUUUCCUUGACUCAGCAUAACACCUCUGUAAGAUGGGUCCUCGUACCGCGGGCUCACGAGAGGAUCGAUCGGGCAAGAUUGAGAUGGUGACAUACGUUCUCACUGGAGCAUUUGUUGUUUUCUUCAUUGCUCGUCAGAUCAUGAAAGCUAUUGUCUUUCGCAAGGUGGCGCUUGACGAUUUAUUCAUUCUUUUAGCGACUAUAUUCGCGAUCGGUCUGUCAGUCACCACACUAAUCCUCACAUCUAAAGGCCUUGGUGUACUUGACUUCCUGUCCGUCGAUCGAGCCAACAAUAUCAUGAAAGGGCACUAUGCUUCCGAGCUUCUCUACAUCCUUUCACUAUGCUUUUCAAAGCUUUCUAUCAUCGUACUGUUUUAUAAUGUGGUUGUAGUGCGCACCCAUCGCUUCUUUGUCUGCGGCUUCGGUGUUUGCAUCAUCGCUUGGAGCGUGGCAUCAGUCACAGCCGUCGCACUUCAGUGUAAACUCCCAAGACCUUGGGAGAUGAUGACACUAAAUUGCUUCAACACACGAAUCUUUUGGGUUGCCUAUUGCGCGAUUGACAUGUCUACAGAGCUAUUCAUCGUCAUGCUCUCCGUAGACUUGGUGGCACACCUCCGAGUCCGCAUGUCCAGGAAGCUCGCAGUUGUAGCUUGUUUUGCGCCGCGACUGCUAGUGGUAUCAGCUGCUUUGGUCCGCGCAAUCUACCUAUAUCGAGUCACACCUCACGGGACCCCCGAGUACGACCUCUGGAUUUCUACCAUAUGCACCCAAGUGCACGUGAGUGUCAGUAUCUGCACUGCCUGCAUCCCGUAUAUGGUACCCUUCUUCAAGAGCAUGCAGGGAAAUAUCUGGCGGUCGUACUCGACGCGGAGCUGGACUGCGAGAUCCAGACGUAGUCCUCCACCUCGCCGGUCGCCAAAUCGGCUGCGCAAAAGAGAAGCGAACAUCCGAUUUGAGUCACCGAAAUCUUUCAAUAGUCUUAUCAGGGAGCCUGAGCGGGUUUCGAUAGUGUCGCCACGUAUUCCGAGCCCUACACCGAUCAGCCCAUUUCUGCCGCCACCUGUCGCGACCCUUCAACUCCUUCAAAAUACACCCAGCGUGAUAGAGUCGAGCCACACCAGAGCUAUGAGUGUAUCAGGAACACUCUAUGACAGCGACUCGGACGGGGUUUUUGACAUAGUCAGUUUGCAGAGCGCUAUGUGCUUCGUCCCAUCUCCAGUCGAGCCACCAACACAGGCGCGCCUGUCGAACACUGCUAUGGCAGACGUAUCCGGGCCCUUCGAACAUAUGGCUUUGCUAGGUAGCCCCAAUCCAUCGAACUCAAGCUCGUGCUAUUCUAGCCGUGUCUCAACGCCGACCAGAUCAGAACCCACCCCGAGGUUCUCAUUGUUUCCUCAGCAUACUCGGCACUACACUGCAUCGCAGCUAACGUCGGCGUCGGCGUCAGCACCGGCACAGAGCCUCAACAGGAUGCAGCCUAUGGCAGCUGAUGAUGACGCGGCGCGCCUUUUAGCACGGCGAACUCUGCCCAAUCCUGCGUUUUCGUACGAUUUCGACGAUUCUGCGCAUCCCGCGAGAUCAGCGAGUUCACGGUCGCAUCCAAAGUUCAGCACAACUCCACGCCUACACGCAGCGCCUCCAAAACCUUUACCCCUGGAUUGCGAAUGAGUGAGGGAUGUUUCUCAGUUUAUUAUCUUCAUAGCAUAUUAUGGCGUUAUGGGUUAGCAUGUUUGAUCGUAAAACAAACUCUAUCGGCGGUUAGGGGCUGGACCGCAUCGCAUUCUGGCACUUGGCCACUAUCGGCGUUUUAAGGCUGGACCGCAUCGCAUUCCCACAAGCAUUGACA